GAGUGAAAACACUGUAAAUCCUCGACUCAGCUGGAACAUCUUGUGCUCGUGUGAACUCACGGUUUGGACAGGAGAAAGAAGUGCGCUUGAAAAAAAGGGAACAGCGGGACUAACCAAUGGGAUGACAGUUCCAUUGCGGUGAACUCCUGUCCGUCAAAUCAGAUGGUGUUUUAUUGAGCGGCUUUUCAUCCGGCGCUAUAAAAGCUGCCACGAGACGGCGAUGUGAGCGAGAGUCCAUCUUGAGGAGCAGUCGCAGCUCGGGACGCGCAGACGGCAGCAAGACACUCGAAAUGGCCGACGCUGAGCAGCAGUUUAUGGAAACCUCCGAGAACGGCAACGGAGAGGAGCUGAACGGCGCCGGGGAGCAGCUCGAGGCGGGCGACGACUCUGCGGCUCAGGAUGAGUCUCACAACGGAGAUGGAGGACAGAUUGACGCCAGCAAGGGCGAGGAGGAUGCCGGAAAAAUGUUUGUUGGUGGACUUAGCUGGGAUACAAGCAAGAAAGAUCUAAAGGACUACUUCUCCAAGUUCGGUGAAGUGACGGAUUGUACCAUCAAAAUGGAUGCAAACACUGGUCGAUCACGUGGGUUUGGAUUCAUCCUCUUCAAAGAAGCUGCCAGUGUAGAAAAGGUGUUGCAGCAGAAGGAACACAGACUAGAUGGUAGGCACAUUGAUCCCAAGAAAGCAAUGGCAAUGAAGAAGGAUCCAGUUAAGAAAAUAUUUGUUGGUGGCCUUAAUCCUGAAACAACUGAAGAACAGAUUCGGGAGUACUUUGGGGCAUUUGGGGAGAUUGAAGCUAUUGAAUUGCCCACAGAUCCAAAGACGAACAAAAGGAGGGGGUUUGUCUUCAUUACAUAUAAGGAAGAAUCCCCUGUGAAGAAAAUCAUGGAAAAGAAAUACCAUAAUGUUAGCGGAAGCAAGUGUGAGAUUAAAAUUGCCCAGCCCAAGGAAGUGUACCAGCAACAGCAGUAUGGUGGUCGUGGUGGAUAUGGAGGACGUGGCAGGGGUCGAGGUGGCCAAAACCAGAAUUGGAACCAGGGAUACAACAACUACUGGAACCAGGGCUAUGGUGGUCAAGGCUAUGGCUAUGGUGGUCAGCAAGGCUAUGGCAACUAUGGGGGUUAUGGCAAUUAUGACUAUUCUUCUGGCUACUAUGGCUACGGUGGUGGAUAUGACUACAACCAGGGCAAUACAAGCUAUGGAAAAACUCCAAGACGUGGAGGCCACCAGAGUAGCUACAAGCCAUACUGAUCACGUGUAGUGCAGGCCGUAAGUAUUUUCAACCCAAGAACCCAUAAUGGCGGCAGCAGCAGCAGCAGGAGGUCACUCAAGAUGGGACUUUUGGUAUGAUGGGACUCAUGCUCCAUUUGUACAGGACAACAAAUGAAUGGGGAAGCAGUGUCACUUUUCCACACUUUUUUAUUUUUUAUUUUUAUUUUCUUUGUCCACAUUUCCAGGCAUGGAAGUGUAAUUUUUACUGUACUUUUUGGUACCUUUUUUGAAUCUAAUGUAUUGUAUGGUUGUAUUUUACAUGUUGACUGGAUUUACAGCAUAUGAAAAUCAGGAGCCACCAGAGCUUUUGAAAUAAAACAUUUUUGAGUAAUUUUUUUCCAGUGUUUCCAGAUUUACUAUUUCCUGUUGCUGCAAGUUGCAUGUCUGCAAACCUGCACCAAGUAAAGGAGGAGUAAUAAAGGGAUCUAGAUCAGUAUCAUUAAAAUGUCUAGUGAAUGUCAGCAUUUGAAUAGUGUUGCAUUGGAUAAGUUUGUUUAUUUUGGAUUUCAAGUUAAUUUGACUGGCCUGAUAAAGAUUAAGCUUAAAUGGCUUUUCUGCCUUUUCUGAAAUCUCAUUCCUAUAGUGUCAUUGACAAAUUGUUAGAAAUAAACCUUGUUUAAUAUU